AUGGAGCAUCUCCAAGUUGAACAAGAACCACCAGCCCCUCGCCUUCUGCUCCUCAAGCUCAUCAGCUCGGGCUUCUCGUUCUUCGUCGCGGGGCUGAACGAUGGCAGUCUGGGCGCAUUGAUCCCUUACAUCCGGCAGGAAUAUGCCAUUGACACCAACAUGGUUUCCAUCGUAUACGGAACAACCUUCUUCGGCUGGUUCUUUGCCGCCCUGACCAAUAGCUAUCUAACCCAGUACUUCAACAUCGGCAUUUUACUGCUCCUCGGAGCAGCAUUGCAAAUCAUCGCCCACGCGUUCCGCACCUGGGCACCCCCAUUUCCACUCUUCGCGGUGACAUUCUUCAUCGCGGCCCUUGGCCAAGCAUAUCAGGAUACCCAUGCCAACAACUUCGUCGCGACCGUAAAAGGUGCCCAUCGCUGGCUCGGCUUCAUCCACGCAAUGUACAUGGGCGGGUGUCUAGUAGCGCCAUUCGUCUCAACCGCAGUGGCGUCUUCGGGAGACCACUCGCACUGGGAACUCUUCUACACGACGCCGCUGGGCAUGGGCGUGCUGAAUCUCGUCCUGGUCUGGGUGGCCUUCCGCGAGUGGGCGACCAUGAAGCAGUAUGAGCAGAGCGAGGCAUCUGAUUCUGAGCCUGCGGUAUCGCGACAACGCGGGGCCGCGACCGAGAUGAAGAGGACGCUUGCUAUGCCGGGGGUGUGGCUUGUAAGCUUGUAUUUUUUCUUCUUUCUUGGGGCGGCUAUUACGGCUGGGGGAUGGAUUGUUGAGUACUUGGUGGAUGUCCGCGAUGGCGAUCUCGACAAGAUGGGAUACGUCCCUGCCGGCUUCUAUGGCGGCAGUUUCAUCGGGCGCCUGCUGCUCGCUGAACCGACGUAUCGAUUUGGCGAGCGCCGGAUGAUCUCCAUCUAUGUUGUUCUCUGCUUGGCUUUGGAGCUGGUCUUUUGGCUGGUCCCCGAUAUCAUCACCGAAGCGGUCGCGAUCAGUCUUCUAGGGCUCUUCUCUGGGCCGUUCUUUGCCACGGGCAUAUCUGUCGCGUCGAAGCUCUUCACCCCCGAGAUCCGGUCGUCCGCGCUAGCAUUCAUCUUCCUCAUGGGACAGAUUGGAGGUGCCGUAUUCCCAGCGGUGACCGGCAUCAUAGCUGCCCAGUCUGGAGUCAAGGUCUUGCAGCCGAUGCUUGUUGGUUUACUCGGUGCAACUGGAGUGUCUUGGUUGAUUAUACCGAAACCUCGACUACACCACGACUAA